CUCCUGCGGAAGGAACGAGCGCAAUUAGUCGCAUGCGAUGACAAUUAGAGAUUGCGUUGCGCAAUUGUCGUUUUUGCUGUUUUUGCGCGCGCAGGAAAUGCGGAUGAGUAUGCGGAAAAGUGGAAAGUUGUGGAAGUAGAAUGCGUAUAUAUUGCGGCGAUAAUGCACGUCGCGUUUAGUUUCGAAAUCAACUUGCAAUGCAUUUUAUACUUAUUUUAGCGUUUUUUAUCCCUACGGUAUUUUCUGGUAAUCAUCAUCAUCAACAUCAUGAAUCAAUCGAUUUGGGGCAUCAUGUAGACGUGGAAAAGACAGUUACCAUUGUUAAAGGUGUACCACACCCGGUUCCGGUCAUUAAAAAUGUCCCCGUGCCUGUUUUCAAAAACAUCGGUGUCCCUGUUAAGGUCCCCGUACCUAAACCCUAUCCAGUUGUAAAAAAUGUCCCUGUUCCGAUCCGGGUCCCUGUCAAAGUGAAGGUACCCGUCCCUUUACCUGUCCCCAAAGUAAGAAAUGUCCAUGUCCCUGUUAAAGUCUUCGUUGAUAAACCUAUCCCUGUAAAGGUCCUCGUAAAAAAACCUAUCCGAAUAGAAAAAAAGGUCCCGGUCCCCGUUCCUGUAAAAGUCCCCGCUCCUUUCCCUGUUGUUAAACAUGUACAUGUCCCUGUGAAGGUCCCUGUAAAGGUACCUAAACCCUAUCCUGUGGUUAAACACGUCCCUGUUCCUGUGAAUGUCUACGUUGAUAAACCUGUCCCCAAAUUUGUAGAUAAACCUAUUCCUGUGAAAGUGGUCAAAAAUGUGGGUGUACCUUAUGAUAAAUAUGUACCGUAUCCAGUGAAGGUACCCGUCCCACGACCUGUUCCAGUAAAAGUAGAGAAACCUGUUCCUUAUCCUGUAAAAAUCCCUGAACCUAAACCUUAUCCGGUUUAUAAGGAGGUACAUGUACCUGUGGAGAAAGAGGUGCACUAUCCUGUAAAGGUACCUGUGGAAAGACCAGUGCCCUAUGAAGUGGUCAAACAUGUCCCUGUAGAGGUUGAGAAACACGUCCCUUAUCCAGUUGAAGAUCAUAAUAAUAAUGAAAAUGAAGACCAUGGAGAUGAAUAUCAUGAUACUGCUGUAGAGGUCCAACAACAGGAAGUGCAGGAAUACAACCUACAUGGUGGUGAUGAUUGGAAGUCAUAG